AUGGGUUCCCUCCAAGAUGCCAACGGCUCUCAAGAGCCAGUGAAGAAACAAAUCCUGCUCAAUGCAUUUGAUAUGUCAACAGUGGGACAUCUAUCACCCGGUCAAUGGAAGAACCCCAAGGAUAAGUCGGCGACAAAGAGGAAACUCGACUACUGGAUCGAGCUGGCAAAGAUUCUGGAGCGUGGUGACAUCAACGCCCUGUUUCUCGCCGACACGUAUGGAGGCUAUGAUACGUACGAAGACAGUCUCGACAAUUGUAUCCGUCGUGCUGCCCAAUGGCCCAUGACCGAUCCGACCAUCCCUAUCUCUGCGAUGGCCGCGGUGACCAAGAAUCUCGCCUUCGGCAUCACUGCGUCGACUACCUUUGAGCCUCCGUUCCUGCUGGCAAAGCGCUUUUCGACUCUCGACCAUCUUACCAAUGGGCGCAUUGGCUGGAAUAUUGUGACAUCGUGGAAAAAGGCGGCAUUCAAGGCUAUUGGUCUGGACAACCCCAUUGACCAUGAUGAGCGGUACCUGCAGGCGGACGAGUAUCUAAGAGUCCUGUACAAGCUCUGGGAAGGUUCUUGGGCAGACGACGCUCUCGCUCCAAACCCCGAAGCGGACACAUAUAUCGACCCAGACAAGGUGCGAACGAUUCAUCACCAUGGAAAAUAUUUCAACCUGGACUCUCGACAUAUCGUGGAUCCAUCGCCUCAGCGAACACCAUUUCUCUUCCAGGCCGGCACUUCCCCAGCGGGAUCUGCUUUUGCUGCCACACACGCGGAAGCAAUCUUUGUCUCGUCACAUAGCCCGCUAGUGCUCAGGCCCAAGAUCGACAAGAUCCGCCAACUGGUCAAGGAAAAGGGCCGUGAUCCACAAUCCAUCAAGUUCUUUGGAACAUUCACCCCAAUCAUUGGGCGAACCGAAGAAGAGGCUCAAGAGAAGUUGGCAGAGGCCAAGAAAUAUGCCUCGACUAUCGGAGGGCUCGUGUUGUUCUCCGGAUGGACUGGAAUCGACAUUUCCAAGAUCCCUCUCGACCAGGACAUCACGGCUGCAGAUUCGACCGAGGCUCACAAAGUCAGAAGUAUGCUGGACGCGUUCACGACAACAAGCCCUGAUGUGCCGAGAUGGACGCCGAGGGUCGUGGCCGAGAAGGCUGCGAUCGGUGGUCUUGGGCCUGUUGGCGUGGGCACCCCUCAGAAGGUUGCAGAUGAGAUGGAGAGAUGGAUCAGAGAAGCAGAUCUCGAUGGAUUCAACCUCGCCUACGUCACAACCCCAGGGACUUUCGAGGAUGUGGUUGACCUGCUGAUUCCCGAACUGCGUCGACGUGGCUUGUAUCCACCGCCCAAGUCUGCCGACGCCGAACCCUUGACAGCCCGCGAGAAGGUAUAUGGCGCAGGACAGAAGGGCCUCAGGCAGGAUCACGAAGGAGCCAAAUACAAGUACGACGUGUACAAGGAGGAUGCAUUGCCUGAAGAAACGCAAAAAGGAGAGGAGAGUACGUUGCCGCUGAGGCCAGAAAACGGAACUGCAGAAGCUGUCAAGGCCUGA